AUAUGGCAAUGAUGAAAAGUGAAUAUAAAACCUGAGUUUGUUGUGUUAUGCAGAUCAGUUGGCUUUUGAUUCGCGUUCAGUUCAGACCUAGCCGGGGUGUGAUAAAGUCGAUGAAAAUGUUCGAAAAGGAGAAUACUGUUGUGCGUUUGGAAUAAAUUUUUGGGGUUUUUGGUUUGAAUUUGUUUUUUUUUUAACAAAUUUGAUUCAUUGGACUGAUUUCGAGUAAUCGAAAGCAUGUAAAUUUAACUGAAACAGAAUAACCCUUUAGAGACAGUAUGUGUUGUGUAUGUUUCAACUGGGUAGUGAUAGUGUUGUAAAUUUAAAAAAAAAUUAACAAACAAUUCCAACUGGAUUAGAUAUUCAAAAGGAAAACAUGCAUCUAUUUACGCUACUUGUUUGGAUUAAUAUCACAAUAUUUUGUUAUGUUAUUGGAUGUGCGGAUGCAAAUCUUGUUGAAAGAAUUUCCCGUUUAAAAGAAACCAGGAAUGACGAUGGUUACGAGAAUGAUUUCGAUGUACCGUUGGAAUUCACAUCCAAUAAAGAUAGCUUUGAAAACGAAUACAUCGCCAACUUUGAAGAAAUGCCACAGAAACCGAAACGUGUCAAGUUGAAACGGAAACUGCAUAAUCGGAUGCAUAACGAAAAUAUAUCAUUCCAUCAUGACAGAAAGUCAGAGAAAUUAAAUCAAUUGACUGGGACAGAUGGUGAUAUUGUGGCACAGACCGAAACAACAUACGCAGACCACAGCAAAAACCAUAAUAACAUCAAUGGUAAGCGUAUCACUUUCAAGAAAGAACCUAGAAAUCGCAUUUCUAUUCUAACGGAGCGACAGCACAAGCUUAAAGAAGGCAAACUUGAUGGAAAGAAAAGCGAUACUUUGAAAAGGAAAAGAAAACAUCGAAAAAAAAAACCAUCAUCAUUGCCGUCGCACAAUACACCGUGGUUAGGUAGCGCCAGCGACAUCAGCAUUACUUCAAUUCAUAAAAUACCACUGAUUACUUCAAUGGACGAUGCCAAUCAAAAAUCGAUAAUGGGAUUAGUUGACAAUGCAGCCGAACGAUCUGAUGUAACCGAAUUUAUGUCGGUGGGUGAUUUAUCAUGCUUAGACAACGAUUUUAUACCAGCACCGAAUAUUCCAAAUGCAGACAUAAAAUAUAUUCGAAACGAUACACCAGACAACAAGAGUGCAUUUAUUGAAGCACAAUACAUAUGCCAUGAUGGCUAUAUUGUCGAUUUCAAUCAAAUGCGAACAACAAAGUCAAACGUUUUUUGUCGAAAUGGUGAAUGGCUUGGAGAAUUGCCGAAAUGUAUUCGAUCCGCUGAUACGAAUAGAGUAUGCCAACAGGCACAAAUUUGUGAGCACAUUUGUCAUGUAGAUAAUGCGGGCUUGGAAUAUUGUACCUGCUAUAAGGGAUUUCGCAUGAGGAAUGACCGGUGUGUAGACAUCAACGAGUGCGAAGAAUUUAAUAAUGUUUGCGACCUGGAUUGUGUGAAUACCAUUGGGUCCUAUCAGUGCCCGAAAAGAUUCCGAAAUGGAGCAAUGGAAAUAUGUUUGGGACGGUCAUAUUGUUUAUGUCCACCUGGAUGGACAUUCGAUGAAACGAGGAAAACUUGUAUUGAUAUAGAUGAAUGUGCUGAUCGUACUGUAAUGGAAAAAUUAAAUAUACAAUGCCGAGAUGGAUGUGAAAAUACACCUGGCUCAUAUAAAUGUUUGGAAAACUUUGAGUUCGAUAUACGCCUAACCGACGACGACGAUGAGCCAACAGAAGAUGAAGAUAUACAAAAUGUAUUCUGUCCCGAUGGUUUCGAAUACAAUACAACAACUCGAGGUUGUACAGACGUGGAUGAAUGUGCUGGCAAGGUGAACGGUGGUUGUUAUGAUCAAUGCAAAAAUACGGUUGGUAGUUUUCAUUGCUACUGCAAAGUUGGUUUCAUCCUCGCAGAAGACAAAUACACGUGCAUAACACUUAAUAUAACAUCGGAUGUGACAUGUCCCCCAUUAUUUCCACCACAUCAUGGAUAUUUAGAAUGUACUCAACCGACUAGUUACACUUCUGGCAAAAAUCAAAUAACCAACAGUCCGGGAAGCCAAUGUAUUUUGAUAUGCCCCAAUGGAUAUAGAAUGAGUGGAAGUUUUGCAAAGACAUGUGGUAUGAAUGGUAAAUGGAUUGGUGCAGACGAUGGAGAGUGCAUAAAAUAUCCUACGCCGCGGCUAAUUUGCCCAUCAGACGUUAUCUAUGAAACGUUACCGAAUAAGUCAUUUGCUGUAAUUAAAGUGCUUAAACCGAAAACAGACGUUAAUUGGGAUCGUGAUAUUGUGACCAAUCCAAUUUGGGUGAAAAAUGGGGCAUUUGAGCUGGGUGUAGGUGUUUUACACAUAAAUUACACGGCAACACAUCCAAUUUCGCACAUAUCAUUGUCAUGUGACUUUACGGUUACAGUGUUAGCUGGUGAGCCUCCAACAACUCACUCAUGUCCGCCUACCCAAAGCAUAACUUUAGCCAACCAUGAGGAUCGAGUGAAAGUGAAUUGGGAAGAGCCCGUCUUCAAAGACAACAUAAAUGUGACCCAUGUGGCUCAUACCGAUAUUGCGGGAACAUAUUUCGGUGUCGGAAGCCAUCAAAUAACCUACACAGCAACUGAUUUUGCUGGCUACAAAACAAAAUGCGUUUUUGAAGUUUCGAUAAACGUUCCAGAACAUCAUCACACCAAUAAUCGCCAAUACAAAAAUCAUCCAUUCCUACCGAUUUAUGAUUUCUUUUAAGUCCAUUUCAAUGCGAUAGCGAUAUUGUAAGUUUAGUGGCAAUGCGAUGUGUUUGUCUUGAUUUAGGAAUUGACUGUAAUUGUAACAGCGUAUAUUUUCGGAACGGAAAUGUUUAUCUAACGACAUUGUUCUUAGGCGAAGCUACGAGCAAAAUACAUUUCAACUGAAUGAAUAGUUUCAAAGUUUUCUGUAACCAACAAUUGGCAAACAAGUGCUUCGCAACGUUUACACGAUAAAAGCUAAUAAAACUGUUAAAAGUUUUUUUGAAUUCCCGGAACAAAGCGGAUAAUAACAAUAUCGUUCGAGUGUUAAAAUGUAUCGUGUUUGUUCUUAAAGUACUUUGGAAGAAGAAAAUGGAUCACUCAAACUAAGUGAUACUAUACACUGAGAAUGUAAAGUGAAUUUUUUUUGAGUCGCGAAUUCAUUACAAUAAACUAAGACAAAAAGGACCUUCAAUUUAUUUCCAACCAACCACAAAAUUACGCAAAAAUUUUCUUUUGUUAAUGAACGUCCUGUCAACAUUGGUGAAAUAAAUUCCAUCUCGAAUCUCUAAACGUCCAUGUCCAUACAAUAAAUAAAUUAAUUAUUUACCAUUUCAUUCGCCUCUUACUUCGUGAAGCAAGUUUAUUUCACCGUAUGUUCAGAUACUUACAUAGUCUUCGAAUCCGCCAGCAAAAUCAUUAAUUUUUGAUUACUGCGGUCAUCUUGUUAGAGAAAUAAUUUACAUUCCUUACGUGCCCUGUUCCUAUUUUGCAGCUUGAAGUUGCUAAAAGUCGUAUAAAUAGUCAUUAAGGUAACUCCUACAACUAACGCUUGCAAAGACGAAAUAUCAUUAAACUUAAUUGUUUCCAGUCAAAUAUUUAAGUAUUUUUAGGUACAUUGCUAGACGUAGAGCCUGUGCAUAUAUCAGUCCGUCACACGGUCGUGAUUUUAAGCCAAUGUCAUAUUAUUACACUGAGUGCAAUACGAAAAAUGUUGAGCAGCGAAUCUUUUUUUUAAAGCUCUAACGAGGGUAGGCAUAUCGUACCACAUAGUGAAAUAGCAAAAUUGUAGGUUUUGGUUUCAGAUCAUAUGCCGUACAAAAGAAAAAUCAAUAAUUUAACCCGUAAUCAUUGUUUCCAAAUCUCAUUGGUAAUUAUGGGAUCCAUGCUUUAAUUUUGACCCAAUUCAUAUUUUCUAGACAUACCCUCGUAAGGACUGAAUUUUGUCUAUGUUAGCAGAUUACAAACAAAUUCCUUUCAAAAUUUUCCGAUCCAUUUUAAAGUUGGCGAAUUUCAAAUGAGUGACGCACUUUGUUUCAGCUUUUCUUCAGCUGAUCUACCUAUAAACAAACAAAUGUGCUAAUGCCUCCUUAUAUGGGUCAAUGUACACGCAUGAGCAUGGUAAUGGUAAAAUCGUUUAAAGACUUACAACCAUAUUUGAGUGGAUCAGCUGAAAAUCAGCUGAAAUGAAAUGCUUCACUUAUUUCAAAGUCAGUGGGUACACCGACGAAACUUGUCAAAGUUUCGCAUAAUAGCGUGUUGUUAAGAUAUUGAUAGAGAUAUCUUUUAUUCACUCUAACCGAUGCGACCUUAUGGGAAACCUCGGCGACUUCUAGUAUACGUAAAAUUCAUCGGAAAAUGUUGAAACAAGGAAAUACUUUGUGGCUAGAAAGAAAGAAAUCUUAUAAGUCUAUGAUAAAAAUACCUCCCUCUUUCUAGUAGUGAAAACUAAAAGUUGUAAAACAAAAGCUCUUCGUAUCGAUUAGUGUAGCAAUAAAGCACUAGGUUUCAAAUGAUGGUCAAAUGAUGAGAGAAAGGUAUGCAAGCACACAAGCUCUCAGUCUAUGCCCUUUUCUUUAUUUCUCCAUUUAACGAUAUAUACUUAACACGUGAAUAAGCAGAAAUUGAGACAAAUAUUGAAAACAAUAACCCACAAAACUUGGAGUGGGUAGAAUAUAAGAAAGUACAAUAAUCAUAACCAGCUUAAUAUUUAUUAUGGAAAUGCUUUUCACUGUAAAUGUUCGGAUAUAGAUGUAUGAAUGUGGGUGGGAUAUAACAACGACAACGGAUCAUGUCGUUCGCCGGUGAAAAUAAUAAAGCUUAAGGACAACAAUAAAGUUUAAAAAGAAAA